CACGUUGAUCUUUCAGAGUCAUUUUUGUGUGGCUACCUUCAUAUAAAAGGCCUUACGGAAGACUAUCCUGAAUUGACUACUUUCUUUGAGGCAGAAAUUAUUGGACGCAAAUAUUCUUUUCUCACGAAGAAAUGGGAUGCUGAUGACAAAGUCGACGUACAACAUUGGAUUCGCUUCCCUGCGUUCCGUCCUCUUCAAAAGCAUAUGAAAAAGGACGGUAAAGACCAUUAA